CGAUGCAGCUCUGCCCGUGCCGAGGCCCUGGAAAACCACGCCAGUCAUUUUUGUUUUGAUAAGGAUACGGAUACAAAAAGAGCGUGGCCUGAAAAUUUUGCAUUAAGCAUAUAAAACGCAACUUUAAGAUUCGCGAAAACUGUGAAAACUGUGUGGCAUGUUGUGCAGGACAGAGUGUUUGCCAAAUUGCUUGCGAUAACGCAUACGUGGAAGCGACGUGCCAGGUGCCAGGGCAGGUCGUGGUAGCAGCAGCAGCAGCAGACAGCUAAAAUAACAAACCGACGGCGGAGUGUGGUGGGGCUCUGGUGGCAAAUGGCUGCGGGGUUUCAAUUAAAUUGUAUAACGCGCCCACUCGCAUCCUUCAUGUGCAGACAAUAAGCGACCCAAAAGUCACUAGCUGGAGCUGAAGAUUUUUCGAAUACCUCAGAUCGGUGAGGCAAACCCCAUUACUAUGCAUCUGAAUCAUGCAACUGCUGCGACAGCUGCCAUGGCCAACUAUCAGCACUAUGCGCCCGCCCAGCUGGCCACGCACGGUGGUGGCGGCGGUGGUGGUGGAGGCGGGGGUGGAGGAGGCGGUGGCGCUGGAAACGCCUUGCAGCAGUCGACCACCCUGGCCAGCCUGCAGCAGAGUCAGUUUGCGCUGCACCAACUGACCGCUGUGCAGGCCAUCCAGCAUCCCACCCACCAGACCAUGCUACAUCCGCAGCAUCCACUGGUCCACCUGCUAGAUAUAUCGACGACCACAACGAAUAGCGGGGGCAAUCACACGCCCAUACCGCCCAUGAAGCAGGAGAUUGUGCAGACUUUCAUCAAAGAGGAGGAGUCGGUGGUGGACGACCCGCGCAAAAAGAAGCAGUGCCACGUGUGUAAGAACAAAUUCCGGCAGCUCACGACGUUACGCAACCACAUGAAAAUACACACCGAUGAACGGCCCUACAAGUGCAAGCACUGCGACAAGGCAUUCCGCCAGAUCUCGACACUGACCAACCACGUGAAGAUCCACACUGGCGAGAAGCCGUUCACCUGCAACAUUUGCGCCAAGGACUUUCGGCAGCAGAGCACACUGAUCAAUCACAUCAAGACGCAUAAGGCGGCAGAGUCGAGCACGCCGACGUCACUACUCAACUAUCAGCCCCAGCCGCAGUCAUCUGGGAAGAUGAGGAAAUCGCAGGCGAAUCAGAUGCACAACGCCUACCAGCAGCAGCAGCAGCAUAUGCCGCGCGUACAAAUCUCAAAGACUCUAUACUCCGGCAGCUACAGCUCGCCGGCGGCCGAGGAGCUGGUGAAACCGUACCAGUGCAGCGUGUGCAAGCGGCGAUUCCCGCAGCUGAGCACGCUGCACAACCACGAGCGGACGCACAUCGAUCCCAAGCCGUACAAGUGUGAGACGUGCGACAAGUCCUUCAGCCAACUGGCCACGCUGGCCAAUCACAAAAAGAUCCAUACGGGAGAUAAACCAUACACGUGUUCCUACUGCCACAUGCAGUUCCGACAGCAGAGCACCCUCACCAACCACAUGAAGACGCACACGCAUCUGGCCUCCCAGCAGCAGCAGCAACAGCAGCAGCCAGGAGGCACAGUCACAGCCACAGUGGAUCACUCGAUGCCAGUGCCCCUCGCGCCGGGAACGCAGCAACUGACGAGCGGACUGCUGCCCAACAAUCUGCACGGGGCAACGCACAACAUCCUCCAGCUGGAGCAUCAUCCGUUACUGCAUUUUCUGGACAGCGGCACCACGGUCAGCUCUGUGGUAGCCAGUAAUGUGGCUGCUGUUGCGGCCAAGUCUGAGCACUUCCAGACCAACACCAAGUCUGAACACUUCCAGGCCGCCUCGCCGCCCGGUCGCAUAACCAUGGUGGGCAACAUCAACAUGCUGAAGGGCGAGAAUCCGGACCGUCCGUUUGGGUGCAGCGUCUGCCAGCGGUUCUUUUCCCAGCAGAGCACCCUGGUCAAUCACAUCAAGACGCAUACGGGUGAGAAGCCGUACAAGUGCAAGAUCUGUGAGGUUAACUUCCGACAGGUGGCCACGCUCAACAAUCACAUGAAGAUCCAUACUGGUGAAAAGCCCUACAACUGUUCCUACUGUCCCAAGCAGUUCCGGCAGAAGAGCACCCUGCAGAAUCAUCUAAGGGUGCACACGUGCUAGGCGAGAGGCGACGCUCCAAUCUCCAGCCACCAGUCCGCAGCCAGCGCAGCCCAGCCCAGCCCAGCCAGCGAGCCAGUCAACCAGCCAUUGAGGAAUAGUGCAAUAUGCAUGCCACAUACAUAAACCGCAUACAGUUAUAGAGUUGCAUAUGUAUACAGAAUAUGAUUACAUGAAUACUAUAUUUGAAUGAUAUACUCAAAAGUGUUAUUUACCUGCUGUGCAGAGCGCAAUUGUAUGUAACUAUAUAGUAGGAGAGCUGAUCCACAUGCAUGUCCAAUUGUAAAUUAAGGCUAGCCGUACAUCGUACUGUCGUACAUCUGACGUGCACACACGUACGCAUAUAAUACAGGGUGUUUAAGCCUAAAACUCUAUACUAUCCCCCCACUACUACUAAUACUACUACUAUUAGCCUCAUAACUGUUGUCACCCAGCCCCAGAUCCAGCCUCUCCCGUUUCCCACCCCCCGAGUCAAGUCUAGCUUCUCUCCAGCUUUUCUCGUCGUGUUAAAUGUUAAGCCCCGAAAGCAAACUAAAGUAAAGUAAAGUAAACAAAUAAUGGUAAAACUAGUUAUUGCUAUACUGUGUGUAACCCCCCGCCCGCUCUAAACAUAUACAUACAUAAGUUGUCAUCGCAAAACAAAAACGCAACUAUUUAUAUAAGUGUACUCUUAGCGGAUAUUUAGCAGCAUCUUUUACUCAAAUGACUACAAGCGGAACGACGGCGCGAUCGCAUAAAUAAUCAAAUAAUACCACACUAUUCAUGAAAGAAAAGUUGAAAAACAAACCGGGUUGCUUAUACUAGAACAAACAAAAACUUAGAAAACGGAGAGACGAGACGCGAGAGUCCCUAUAUUAAGCGAAAAACAAGUAAAACCAGCUUUUACUGCAUAGACACACAGAGUAUGAACGUAAAUGUUGUAGAAAAUAUAUAGUAUAUAUACAAAAUAUACAUAUAAAUAAACUACUUGUAAAUGUAAGCGAAGCGAAUAGCUAAAAACAACAACAAUAAAACAUGGAAAACAAGAAAUAUUACCC